AUGUCUGCCUCAGCAUCACUCCUCCGACAAGCUACCAAGAAGAGCAUGUCUAUCACUCAGACCUACUACCUGGCCCACAAGGCCCGAGCAAAGCUCUCUCGCGAGGCUGCUCAACCCGAUCACGAUCUCCGUCUCCUCGUCGGACACGCCAACCUCCUCGACUCCCUGAUGCUUGAGCUCGCCGAGGCCGAGCGGGAACAGGAGCGGUGGUUCAACCAGUCCGUCCGCAACACCAAGACCUCCGGAUCCAACAGCAGCCGCCACAUCCAGUGGGCCGACCGAAUCGAGGAGGAGGCCGUCGACGAAGAGUACGACUCCGACUCCUCUUCCGAUUCUGACGACGAGUCCGACUACGACGAGAUGGAGACCAUCAACACCCGAACCGCCAUCCUCCCCACAACCACCACUGUCAAGGUUGUCGAGGACGAGAUCAUGGGUGACGACGAUCUCGAGGAGGACUACGCUCAGCUCGAGCUCGUCCGCACUCCCUCACACUCAAACUCCCCUCCGGAGCUCAUCGACCACGACUCCGAGUCUUCAGAUGACGAGGCCAUGCCCCCAUCACCAGCCGAUGCCGAGCUGCCUCUCCCCGCCAAGGAAGAGAGCGAAGAAUCAUAUUACACAGAAGAGGAUUUCUACCUGGGCCAGCGAACACCCGCGGGCCUGGUGUCGGCAAUCUCAGUCUACUGA